GCAGCUCGGAGGCUGGAGGACCCGAUCCUCCCAAAUGCUGGGUGCUUUGAUAAUUUAUAAGCCUUUUAGGCUCCCUUGACUUAGAGAACCAGGAGGAAAGGAGUGGGAGUGUGGGUUGGCGGAGCCCAGAGACUUGUGAAUGGCUGGAACUAAAUUCAAGUUUGUAACCCGGACUCUAUCCCAUGACUAAAGAGGUCAUAGCAGAACACGAAGGCUGGGCUUUUGGUCUAAGAAAGAAUACUAGGAGAAAAAAAAAGUUAUUUUCACGGAAGUUGUUUUCGAGCGAUAGUGCAUGAUCAGGACUCUGAAAUUUUUCUGGCUCUGGGCGGAGAAGGACGCCUAGGGAUUGUCUCCAUAGUUAACAGGGGAAGGCCACCGGCUGCCUUUAAGAGAGAAACGUUGCAAUGCUUGUCUAUUUCACUUUUGGGAAGACAAGAUUAAAGGCUGCUCUUGAUAAAAAACAGGGACAGAAAGGCUCUUGCAGUUGCUUUACAUACCUGUGGCCUGAGUCGUUUGUGCCAAGGAGAGUGUAAUCCACUUCCAGCUGACGCCCCCAGCUCUCUGCGACGGAUUGAGGUUUGUGUGCAGGACGUCUGGCAUACGGCCCAUGAGGACUUUGUCGUGUAAAGCAAAUGGGAACGUUGAGGCAUGUAGAGGUUUUGAAGCAGAGUGUCGGUCCUUCCUUCCAUACGCCUGAAACGCAUAAUCCGGGGCUUUUUGAGAGCAAAAACAUAGUCAGAAAUGUGCCCUGAGGGAAAAUGUACUAUUUUGGCACACAUAUGUAUAUAUGUAUAUAUAAUUUUUUAAUUUUUUUUUGAGAGGGAGUUUCACUCUUGUCGCCCAGGCUGGAGCGCAAUGGCGCGAUCUCGGCUCACUGCAACUUCCACCUCCCGGGUUCAAGCGAUUCUCUUGCCUCAGCCUCCCGAGUAGCUGGGAUUACAGGCGCCCGCCGCCACGCCCGGCUAAUUUUUGUAGAGACAGGGUUUCACCAUGUUGGCCAGGCUGGUCUUGAACUCCUGACCUAAGGUGAUGCACCCUCCUUGGCCUCCCAAAGUGCUGAGAUUACAGGCAUGAGCCACUGUGCCCGGCCUAAAAAAAUAUUUUAAAUGAGAAAUAACACAAGUAAUAGUCAUUAUUUGUUAGGCAGAAGCAUAUGCUGUUACGCUGGCCAUUUUCAUUCACACUUGCCAGGAAACACUCACAUUUUGUUUAUGUAUAUGGAGGCAGCCAAGAGUAUUAUGUUAAUGUUUAGGAAGAGAAUUUCCUCGUGAUUUUAUUGCUGAUUUCUGAAAUAAUUCAGUGUAACUAAUUUUGACUGUAUUUGCACAUCUCUCCAAUUCCAAAAGCUGGCAUAAUUUUCUGUUCGGUUAGGAAGUAGGAAUUUUAUGAGGACUUUUAUUGUAAACUGUGUCAAGGGAAAAAUCAUCUUAUACUAAACGUCUUUAUUGCCAAACUAGAAUACUUUCACAAUCUGAACUUUCUCUAGAUGGGCACAGAUCAUGAAUAACUCAGAAACCAUUAGCAUAUUGUGUGCUUAAUUAAGGCUGGAAAGUGCUGAGGCUUUUUGCAGGCGCAGUUAGCAGGCGAACUGGUCAGCAGGGUUUCUGGGGAACAUAGAUUUGCGUGACAGGGGCCCUGUGUUGCUAAGGAAUUAAUGCAGGCACUGAGAAAAGUCUCAGCGUCAGACACUCCUCCACCUCCCGGGUCCUGCUUCCCUCCCUCUCCCCUUUCCAGGCAACUCACAGUUUAGGGGUGUGGUUGUGUGUGUUCAAGCUCUUGGGUUUUACAUAUAAAUGCCUGAGACUUUUCUGCAGGGUUUAAAAACUAACAUCUUGUGUUACAGCUCUUUUAGGAUUUGUCUUUUAGAAUCUCCAGUCCUCACAGGAAAACCCCCCAAUUAAAAAAAUAAAAGAAUAAAGAAUAAAAAGAAUACCACUACUACUUUAAAAAAAAAAAAAAAAAAAAACCUCUAAAAUUUGUCUUCCCAGAUCAGCAGAGUGAAUUUGAACUGUGUGGACUUUUUUCCUCUUUCUUUCUUGAGUCAUGUUAGUACUGAGAACUUUUUUUUUUCUGUCAAAUCAUCUGUUUGAUAAAUAAGUCCAGGAGACUUGGAUCCUUUCAACCCCUGAGGCCCUAAAUUAGGCUGUUUUUUUUUUUUAACUUCUGUGUUUCCAGUAAAUUCGACAAGCAGAAACUGCAACUAAACGGCUCAGUAAAACCGAAGUCAAAUGUUCCUCCAUUAAUCUAAGAAGUUCCACUCCUAACUCAGUAGACUCCAAGAACCUGAAUCACAAUCUCCCUCAAAGAUGUACAAGAUCUCAGGAGGGGAAGCUGCCCCCUCACUCUAGAUUUCACGGUGGUGAUAACAGCCAUGAAAGCAUUUCAUAGGUUUCUGCCUUUUUUUUCUCUCUCUUUAUGUCUUGUUUUAGAUGCAAUCUUCUUACCGCGAAGAAGCCAGGGGAAUAGGUAGCCACAUCUCGUUUGCAGAUAAGAAAGGAAGCUAACGCAGUAUCUGCAAAGCCAGGAGUCUGACUCAGUACUUUUCUCACUCAUGCAUACAAAGCAGCUAAAAAUGACACAGCUUAUUUACCAUGCCCCUGACACUGCACUGAGCACUUUAUGAGCUUGAACUCUGUUAAUCCUCACGACCACCUCAUGAGACUCUCCGGAAAGAGCAACAGUAAUGGAGUACAUGAGCACUGGAAGUGACAAUAAAGAAGAGAUUGAUUUAUUAAUUAAACAUUUAAAUGUGUCUGAUGUAAUAGACAUUAUGGAAAAUCUUUAUGCAAGUGAAGAGCCAGCAGUUUAUGAACCCAGUCUAAUGACCAUGUGUCAAGACAGCAAUCAAAACGAUGAGCGUUCUAAGUCUCUGCUGCUUAGUGGCCAAGAGGUACCAUGGUUGUCAUCAGUCAGAUAUGGAACUGUGGAGGAUUUGCUUGCUUUUGCAAACCAUAUAUCCAACACUGCAAAGCAUUUUUAUGGACAACGACCACAGGAAUCUGGAAUUUUAUUAAACAUGGUCAUCACUCCCCAAAAUGGACGUUACCAAAUAGAUUCCGAUGUUCUCCUGAUCCCUUGGAAGCUGACUUACAGGAAUAUUGGUUCUGAUUUUAUUCCUCGGGGCGCCUUUGGAAAGGUAUACUUGGCACAAGAUAUAAAGACGAAGAAAAGAAUGGCGUGUAAACUGAUCCCAGUAGAUCAAUUUAAGCCAUCUGAUGUGGAAAUCCAGGCUUGCUUCCGGCACGAGAACAUCGCAGAGCUGUAUGGCGCAGUCCUGUGGGGUGAAACUGUCCAUCUCUUUAUGGAAGCAGGCGAGGGAGGGUCUGUUCUGGAGAAACUGGAGAGCUGUGGACCAAUGAGAGAAUUUGAAAUUAUUUGGGUGACAAAGCAUGUUCUCAAGGGACUCGAUUUUCUACACUCAAAGAAAGUGAUCCAUCAUGAUAUUAAACCUAGCAACAUUGUUUUCAUGUCCACAAAAGCUGUUUUGGUGGAUUUUGGCCUAAGUGUUCAAAUGACCGAAGAUGUCUAUUUUCCUAAGGACCUCCGAGGAACAGAGAUUUACAUGAGCCCAGAAGUCAUCCUAUGCAGGGGCCAUUCAACCAAAGCAGACAUCUACAGCCUGGGGGCCACGCUCAUCCACAUGCAGACGGGCACCCCACCCUGGGUGAAGCGCUACCCUCGCUCAGCCUAUCCCUCCUACCUGUACAUAAUCCACAAGCAAGCGCCUCCACUGGAAGACAUUGCAGAUGACUGCAGUCCAGGGAUGAGAGAGCUGAUAGAAGCUGCCCUGGAGAGAAACCCCAAUCACCGCCCAAGAGCCGCAGACCUACUAAAACAUGAGGCCCUGAACCCGCCCAGAGAGGAUCAGCCACGCUGUCAGAGUCUGGACUCUGCCCUCUUUGAGCGCAAAAGGCUGCUGAGUAGGAAGGAGCUGGAACUUCCUGAGAACAUUGCUGAUUCUUCGUGCACAGGAAGCACCGAGGAAUCUGAGAUGCUCAAGAGGCAACGCUCUCUCUACAUCGACCUUGGCGCUCUGGCUGGCUACUUCAAUCUUGUUCGGGGACCACCAACGCUUGAAUAUGGCUGAAGGAUGCCAUGUUUGCUCUAAAUUAAGACAGCAUUGAUCUCCUGGAGGCUGGUUCUGCUGCCUCUACACAGGGGCCCUGUACAGUGAAUGGUGCCAUUUUUGAAGGAGCAGUGUGACCUCCUGUGACCCAUGAAUGUGCCUCCAAGCGGCCCUGUGUGUUUGACAUGUGAAGCUAUUUGAUAUGCACCAGGUCUCAAGGUUCUCAUUUCUCAGGUGACGUGAUUCUAAGGCAGGAAUUUGAGAGUUCACAGAAGGAUCGUGUCUGCUGACUGUUUCAUUCACUGUGCACUUUGCUCAAAAUUUUAAAAAUACCAAUCACAAGGAUAAUAGAGUAGCCUAAAAUUACUAUUCUUGGUUCUUAUUUAAGUAUAGAAUAUUCAUUUUACUCAGAAUAGCUGUUUUGUGUAUAUUGGUGUAUAUUAUAUAACUCUUUGAGCCUUUAUUGGUAAAUUCUGGUAUACAUUGAAUUCAUUAUAAUUUGGGUGACUAGAACAACUUGAAGAUUGUAGCAAUAAGCUGGACUAGUGUCCUAAAAAUGGCUAACUGAUGAAUUAGAAGCCAUCUGACAGCAGGCCACUAGUGACAGUUUCUUUUGUGUUCCUAUGGAAACAUUUUAUACUGUACAUGCUAUGCUGAAGACAUUCAAAACGUGAUGUUUUGAAUGUGGAUAAAACUGUGUAAACCACAUAAUUUUUGUACAUCCCAAAGGAUGAGAAUGUGACCUUUAAGAAAAAUGAAAACUUUUGUAAAUUAUUGAUUAUUUUGUAAUUCUUAUGACUAAAUUUUCUUUUAAGCAUUUGUAUAUUAAAAUAGCAUACUGUGUAUGUUUUAUAUCAAAUGCCUUCAUGAAUCUUUCAUACAUAUAUAUAUUUGUAACAUUGUAAAGUAUGUGAGUAGUCUUAUGUAAAGUAUGUUUUUACAUUAUGCAAAUAAAACCCAAUACUUUUGUCCAAUGUGGUUGGUCAAAUCAACUGAAUAAAUUCAGUAUUUUGCCUUA